AUGACUAGGGAUACUAUUCUCUGCGGUGAUUUCAAUGCUCGGUUGGGUCCUCUGACUGGUGAUGUUAUCUCCAAUGCUCGUGGUAAUGCUCUCAAACCUUGGUUUGACGAACAUUGCUUAUCUGUGCUUAAUGCGUCUUUGGCUUUUGGUGUUAAGACUUACUCUUCUUUUCGGCAGCAGCAAGAAUUGAGUAGUAUUAUCGAUCUGUUUCUGACAAAUAUUGGUGAUGUUGCUUUGGUGAACCCUCAACUGGUGGUUGAGUCUGAUCUGUCUCUUGGUUCUGACCAUCGAUUGAUGUCACUUACUUUCGAGUAUGUGCCACCUCUUGAUGACACUGUGGCUCCUGGUGAUUCUGUUCUGGCUCCUAGGCGGCAAUGGAAGCUCUCGAAAUUGACGAAAGAGAGGCCUUUGGGCCUACUCCGUGAAUCCUUUCGAUCUUCUGUUGCUCCUCUGGUUGUUACUCUCUCUGGUUUGGUGUCUGCUCCUCCUGGUACUCGUCCCGACAUUGAUGCACUCAACGGUUCUUUGAACCAAUGUUUGUAUGAAUGUUUGGAUAGCUCAAUAGGUGUGAAGUCUGGCCGUCCUGGCCAUUGGAAGAAAUACUGGACGCAAGAGAUCCAAGACGCGGCUACUGAACGGGAUCGUCUCUACAGUCGAUGGCGGUAUGCCCUUGGGUAUACUAAGAUUGAUUGUUGGGUCUUAUACAAGCAAGCUCAUCGCCGUUUUCGCUCUUUGGUACAGUCUGCUAAGCGCAAGUCCUGGCAUAAGUUCUGUGGUGCUCUGGAAAGAGACUUCUCAAAAGCUACUGCUGCUAUAAAACGCAUCAAGCGCAAUAAAGAGUCUUCACCUACGUACAGUCACCCAGAUGGUCCUGCUGCUUCUGUUGCUACUAUGGGCUCUCAUUUGGCUACGGUCUACGAAGGUGCUCUGUUAAAUACUGCUUCUCGUCCUGCUCCUGUCACUCCUAUGGUCUCUGACUUGCCUUUCUGUCUCCCUGCGGACAUGUCUUUGUUUGAUACUGAUACCUUGGUACUGUGUAUUAAACGUCUGCCGACGCAUAAAGCUCCUGGUCCUGACCACAUCAAGGCUGAGAUGUUAAAAGCUCUGACCUCAGAAAUUGCCCCAGUGCUCUCUCUGCUGUUUCACCUCUGCUAUCAAUGGUCUUAUACUCCUGGUUUAUGGCGCCAAGCUCAGGUGUUUCCGAUUUGCAAGAAGGGUGAUGCUUCCGAUCCUGGUAAUUAUCGACCAAUUUCGCUCACUUCGGUGGUGCGUAAGUUGUUUGAGUUCUGUCUCCUGCCGGCUCUGGAUGAACACUCCCCUGCUCUGGAUAUUGCUCAAGGUGGCUUCCGUCCUCAACGUAGUCCUCUGGAUCAAGCCCUCUGCUUGCAUGAUUUGUUGCAUGUUUACUUUCUGACUCACCGUCGCUAUCCUGUGGUGGCUUUCUUGGAUAUCAAGUCAGCUUAUGAUACUGUCGAUCGUAGGGUUAUAUGGCAAGCCCUGUCUGGUUCUACACUUCCUCGUCCUGUUCUGGGUCUUUUGAUGAACAUGUUUGACGAUGUCUCAGUCUCAGUCCUGAUUGCUAAUCAUAUCUCUGCUGCUUUCUCUCCUGUUACUGGUAUACUUCAAGGCUCAGUACUCAGUCCUCAUUUGUAUUCGUUGUAUAUCAACUCCUUACCGAAUCUUUUGCGUUCUGUUGAUACUGGUGCUAGUUGUGGAAUUUGA